GCCUAGGGCUUAGUUAAGAUUCUGAAUUCGUCGCGCGAGGCAGCAUCUUGAAAUGUGGCGCCAUCGCAUCUUGCAUCAGACAUCCGUCCGGAAGGAGAUUGUCAGCCGCAGAGGAGCCCUGCGCAGCCUCAGCGCGGCUCGAGCCCUCAGCCAGCAGAGAGGAGCAGCAGCACCGACUGGUGCCCUGCCAGCAUCGGCGGAUGUGGUGGUAAUCGGUGGCGGGUCGGCAGGAUGUCAUACCCUGUAUCAUCUUGCGCGGCGUGGGGUGAGGGCGGUGCUCCUGGAGCGUGCCCAGCUCACAGCCGGCACCACCUGGCACACUGCCGGCCUUCUCUGGCGGCUGCGCCCCAACGAUGUCGACAUCCAGCUGCUGGCCAACUCGCGCCAAAUGCUGCAGCAACUGGAGACGGAAACGGGCCUGGAUCCCGGCUGGAUACAGAACGGAGGCCUCUUCAUCGCCCACAACGAGACGCGGCUGGACGAGUACCGGCGCCUGGCCACUGUGGGAUCUGCUCUGGGCAUUGAGAACCAGAUCCUCGGCCCGGAGGAGACACAGAAGCUGUUUCCACUGCUUGAUCCGACUGCCUUCAUCGGCGCCCUCUACUCCCCAGGCGAUGGUGUCAUGGAUCCGGCCAUGCUGUGCACGGCCCUGAAGAAGGCGGCCACCAAUCAAGGCGGACAGGUGAUCGAGAAUUGCGGAGUCGAUGACAUUCUCGUGGAGCAGACAUCACGGGGCAAAAAGGUAGUGGGCGUGGCGACGCCCCACGGCAAUAUACGAACGGAGAGGGUGGUGAAUGCCACAGGGGUCUGGGGACGGGAUCUGGUGGCCAAGCACGGCUCCCACCUGCCGCUGGUGCCGAUGAAGCACGCCUACAUCGUGUCCGAAUCGAUACCGGGAGUGCGUGGCCUGCCCAAUAUCCGGGACCACGACUACUCUACGUACUUCCGCAUCCAGGGCGAUGCCAUCUGCAUGGGUGGCUACGAGCUCAACCCCAUCCUGCUGGACCCGGUGGCCAAGGACUUUCACUUUGGCCUCUACGAGCUGGACUGGUCGGUGUUCGAGACGCAUGUGGAGGGCGCCCAAAAGCUGUGCCCCAGCUAUGCCAAGUACGGGGUGAAGAGCACCGUCUGCGGCCCUGAGUCCUUCACACCCGACCACAAGCCACUGAUGGGACCCGAUCCCGUCCUGAGCGGACUGUACCACAACUGCGGCUUCAAUUCGGCGGGCAUGAUGUUCGGCGGCGGCUGUGGCGAGCAGACUGCCCUCUGGAUCCUCAAUGGCCAGCCGGAUCUGCCCAUGUUCGGCUUCGACCUGCGCCGUUUCACGCCCCAGCAGGGACGCGCCACCCAGUGGAUACGGGAGAAGUCGCACGAGAGCUACGUGAAGAACUACAGCAUGGUGUUCAAGUACGAUCAGCCGCUGGCCGGGAGGGACUUCCAGAGGGAUCCGCUGCACGAGCAAAUGAUGCUGGCCAACGCCGUCAUGGAGGAGAAGCAGGGCUGGGAGCGGCCCGGCUACUUCCUGGAUUCGGGCGCAGACAGAGCUGCAGUUCAGCCGUACGACUGGUAUGGCAGCUACGGACACUCGCGGAAUCGGGACAGCGUCUACGAGCAGGUCCUCGAGGGCGAUCUCCACUACGGCCGAUUCUCAGAGCAUCAUGAUCUGAUCAUGUCGGAGGCGUUGGCCUGCCGGAACAACGCGGUGGUGUUCAACAUGAGCUACUUCGCCAAGCUGCUGCUCGAGGGUCCGCAGGCGCAACAGGCGGCGGACUGGCUCUUCUCCGCCAACACGAAUCGUGACCCAAGCAAAACUGUCUACAGCUGCGCCCUGAAUGCAACCGGCGGCGUGGAAGCGGACGUUACCAUAACCCGACUGGCUUCAGGUUCGGGUCAGAUCUACGAUCCAAAGUUUAGCGGGCAGGCGUACUACAUAGUGGCCGGAGGUGCAUCGGCCUACUACACGUACAGCACACUGCUGGAAGAGAUUCGCAGGCAGGGAUUUGAGGCCAGCCUCAAAGAUCUAACUGCUGAAAUGGGCGUCAUAUCGAUUCAGGGGCCCAACAGUCGCCAGAUCCUGCAGCCCCUGCUCGACUGUGAGCUCUCCGACGAGCAGCUGCCCCCCAACUGCACGCGCCUGGCCAAGUGCGAGGGCAUCGGCCUCCGUCUGCUCCGCGUCAGCUUCGUGGGAGAGCUGGGCUACGAACUGCACGUGCCCAAGGCCGAUUGUGUCGCCGUCUACAAAUCCCUGAUGGCUGCCGGGGCAUCUCGUGGUCUGCGCAACGCUGGCUACCGUGCCCUCUACUCCCUGAGCAGCGAGAAGGGCUACCAUCUGUGGAGCUUCGACCUGCGUCCGGACGACACUCCGCUGGAGGCCGGCCUGGCCUUCACCUGCCGCAAGACCGGCAGCGACUACCGUGGCAAGGCAGCCAUCGAGCGGCAGCGUUCCGAGGGUGUGAGGAAGCGCCUCGUCUAUCUGACGCUGCAGGAGCAGGGUGUUCCCAUUUGGGGCCUGGAGGGAGUCUACCGUAAUGGGGAGCCGGUGGGGAUUCUGCGACGGGCAGAGUACGCCUAUGCACUCGGCAAGUCCCUGGGACAGGCCUACAUCGAGCGACCAGAUGGACAAACCAUUGACACCGACUACGUGAGCGGCGGCCAAUACGAAGUGGAGAUUCUGGGCAGGAGAUACCGUGCCGACUGCCACUUGCGCAGCCCAUUCGAUCCCACCGGGCAACGGGUUCUCGGUAACUACCACCAGGCGACGGCAGACGCAUCAUAAUUCGUAAUUAAAGUUGAACCUUUGUCUU